AAUAAUAUUGAUAUGAUUUUUGUUGACAUUGUUUUGCAAAUGCAUUGAUUGAUUGGAAACCACCGAUUGAUUCAGUGAUUGAUCACAUCAUCGGUUAAGACAUCAUUGGAUGUGACAAUCAAUGUGAACAACGACAACAACAUCAGUGAAGAUGACAACAACAACGAUGAAGACAUUGUCCAUCAAAUUGACUAAUAUUUGGAUGGACUGUCAGAAACAGAUGAUUGAUAUGCGAAACGAAAUCACAGACUUGAAGGCAUCGUUGAAGACAUCGGAAAAUAUACGGAAAUAUUUGGAGAAAGUCAACGAAAAUUUGGUGGCAAUUAUCGAGUUAUGCGAACCGGAUGUUACCGGCGAUCAUACUGUCCGACAAUUGGUCGGAUCAGUCAAAGAACUGGAGUGUAAUAUUGAACGAGAGAAACAAAAUCUUCAGACAUUUGUGGACACAGAUAGACGUGAAUUCAAUGAUAGGACAAUCGAUAGACUCAACAGAGACUGGAAUCGCUGUAAGAAACUGAAGAUAAGUGUCUUAACAUAUGAUAAGUCAAUUCAAACGAUUAAUGAAGAGUUGUUUGAGUCAUCAGUAGUGUCGGCUAAAUGUCAACCAAUUGAUGACAAUUAUUGUGAUAAUAGUAGUCAAGACAUUAGUAAUGUAGUGAACAAUAAUGAUGUGAUUAACGGUAGUAAAGAAGACAACAUAAGUUGUUGUCCACCGAUUGGUGAUAGUGUUGUGGACGACGACGACGACAACAACAACAACCAGACAAAUGAUUGGAAAGAUAUCGGUAGUGACUAUUCUGCCGAAGAUCGAGAAGACUUUGACAUUAAUUUCAAUCAUAAUGAUAGCGAUGACAGCGAUUUUGUGACGAAAAGAAUGAAGACAAAAACUAAGAAGAAGAAGAUGAAGACGAAGACGAAAGUGAAGACUAAGAAACAACUGAAGAAGAAAUCGUCAGUUAAUAGAGUUUCAAGUAAUAGAUACCAAUGUAUACGUAUGCAGAAGAUAAACGAUAUGGUAAUGCCGUUAAAGUUUGUCGACGACAAUGACAAUGACCGCUACUAUUACCGGUGCGACCAAACUGACUGUCAGUUUACUAAUAAAAACAAAAAACUUAUGUUUAAACAUCUGUUAAGACAUAAUAAUAACAAUAAUAAUAAUAACAAUAAAAUCGGAUCAGAUGUCGUUGUCGAUGAAGAAUUGUUACGACAAAUGCAAGCGACAGCCGAACCCUUUAAGACAGCAAACGGUAUGUUUGUCUGCAAUAACAACACCAACAACAACGAGACGACACCUGACUGUCACUAUAGGACACGCAAUUUGAGUUAUUUUUGUCGACAUCUCAAGAAUCAUGAAAACAAGUCUAAGACUACGGCUACAGAUAAUCAAGUGAUUCACAAACGUUUGGAUCAUUUUGUUGUCGACAAUCACUACCAGUGUCUACGCGAUGGCUGUCAAUUCAGAUGUCCAUUGACCGAUAAGAUGGCCUUUUUUGACCAUCACAAACAACAUAAUAAGAUUACCGAACCGUUGGCCAGCGGCGAUUCGCAGCGACCGUUUGCCUGCGAUAAGUGUACGAAAUUGUUUCGAGAUAUUUCCGAUUUUAGACGCCAUAGACGCGAUGUUCAUCCGCAGGCACCCUAUGUAUGCAAUGUUGGCGACUGUCGAGUACGGAUCAAAUCGCUGAAACACCUGAUCCAACACUGGGAUAAUAUUCACCGCCGUAUUCAUCGAUUUGAAUGCCAUUGGCCCGGCUGUGGCUACAGAGCGUUCACUCAGGAAGCCGUCAACAAUCAUCAAUUGGUUCAUUCGGAUGUCAAAGAGUUGUCGUGCGAAUGGCCCGGUUGUCAGUACCGGUGCAAAGUCAGGUGGUGUCUGGUAUCACAUAUGCGUACACAUACCAGGGAAAAGCCAUACCAGUGCGAUUGGCCCGGUUGUCAGUACAGUGCUGCACAACAGUGUGCACUAACGGUACACAAGCGCCGACAUACCGGGGAAAAACCGUACGAAUGUCCUCAGGACGGGUGCGGCAAACGAUUUUCGGCGUUGUCCGGACUGUACAUUCAUCGUAAACAACACCGAAGAUAA